GCCAUGUGGGUGGAUGCUGUUAUAUUUGUCUUCAGCUUGGAAGAUGAAAUCAGCUUCCAGACUGUUUACCACUACUACAGCCGUAUGGCUAACUAUCGUAACACUAGUGAAAUUCCAAUGGUACUAGUGGGAACCCAGGAUGCUAUAAGUUCCAGUAAUCCACGUGUCAUAGACGAUGCCAGAGCGAGGAAGUUAUCGAAUGAUCUCAAGAGAUGUACUUACUACGAAACCUGUGCUACUUAUGGACUCAAUGUGGAGAGAGUCUUCCAAGACGUUGCUCAGAAGAUCGUUGCAACAAGGAAGAAACAGCAACUCUCAAUUGGACCCUGCAAAUCUCUACCAAACUCUCCAAGCCACUCAUCUGUGUGUUCCGCCCAGGUUUCUGCCGUACAUAUCAGCCAGACCAGUAAUGGAGGAGGGAGUUUAAGUGAUUAUUCCUCCUCUGUCCCAUCAACUCCAAGCACCAGCCAGAAGGAGCUACGGAUUGAUGUUCCUCCCACUGCCAACACACCAACUCCUGUCCGUAAACAGUCCAAGCGCCGAUCCAACCUCUUCACGUCUCGGAAAGGGAGUGACCCAGACAAAGAGAAGAAGGUCCUGGAGAGCAGAACAGAUAGCAUUGGAAGCGGUCGCGCAAUCCCAAUUAAACAGGGUAUGCUGCUAAAGCGAAGUGGCAAGUCAUUGAACAAAGAGUGGAAGAAGAAAUACGUGACGUUGUGUGACAAUGGCGUGCUGACCUACCAUCCUAGUUUACAUGACUAUAUGCAGAACGUUCACGGGAAAGAAAUCGACUUGCUCAGAACCACUGUGAAAGUCCCUGGGAAGAGGCCGCCCCGAGCUACGUCAGCUUGUGCACCCAUUUCGAGUCCCAAAACAAAUGGCCUCUCCAAGGACAUGAGCAGUUUACACAUCUCACCAAAUUCAGGGAACGUGACUACUAGCACAUCUGUGUCUCAGAUGGCAAGUGGCAUCAGUCUAGUCUCCUUCAACAGUCGUCCGGAUGGUAUGCAUCAGCGCUCUUACUCGGUCUCCAGUGCAGAUCAGUGGAGUGAGGCAACAGUCAUUGCAAACUCUGGCAUUAGCAGUGAUACUGGGUUAGGAGAUUCUGUGUGCUCAAGCCCAAGUAUAUCCAGUACGACGAGUCCCAAACUCGAUCCACCUCCUUCACCUCAUGCCAACAGAAAGAAACACCGCAGGAAGAAAAGCACAAGCAAUUUCAAAGCUGAUGGUAUCUCGGGCACAGCUGAAGAACAAGAAGAAAACUUUGAGUUUAUCAUUGUCUCUCUCACCGGCCAGACUUGGCACUUUGAAGCUACCACAUAUGAAGAAAGAGAUGCAUGGGUACAAGCCAUAGAGAGUCAAAUCUUGGCCAGUUUACAGUCAUGUGAGAGCAGCAAGAACAAGUCCCGCCUGACGAGUCAGAAUGAGGCCAUGGCCCUUCAGUCCAUAAGGAACAUCAGAGGCAAUUCACACUGCGUGGACUGUGAAGCACAGAACCCUGACUGGGCCAGCUUGAAUCUGGGAGCCCUCAUAUGUAUUGAAUGCUCAGGUAUACACCGAAACCUUGGCACACACCUCUCCCGGGUCCGCUCUCUUGACCUGGAUGACUGGCCUAUAGAGCUCAUCAAGGUGAUGUCUUCUAUUGGCAACGAGCUGGCCAACAGUGUCUGGGAAGAAAGUAGCCAAGGCCAUAUGAAACCUUCCUCAGACUCCACAAGGGAAGAAAAAGAGCGCUGGAUACGUGCAAAGUACGAGCAGAAGCUAUUCCUUGCCCCACUGCAAUGCCUGGAGCUUUCUCUGGGCCAGCAUCUCCUGAGGGCUACAGCCGAGGAGGACUUGCGGACGGUCAUCCUGCUCCUUGCCCACGGGACUCGGGAAGAGGUGAAUGAGACCUGCGGAGACGGUGAUGGGCGCACUGCUCUCCACUUGGCAUGCAGGAAAGGAAACGUGGUGUUAGUGCAGCUCUUGAUUUGGUAUGGCGUCGACGUGAUGGCACGCGAUGCCCAUGGAAACACGGCAUUGGCCUACGCCCGGCAGGCCUCCAGCCAGGAGUGCAUUGACGUUCUCCUCCAGUACGGCUGCCCUGACGAGCGCUUCGUCCUCAUGGCCACUCCAAACUUGUCCAGGAAGAACAAUAACCGGAACAACAGCAGCGGAAGGAUGCCCACCAUCAUCUGAGGAGCUCACUCGUAUAUUUGCUGACCUGAAUUACAUCCGCAGCCUCAUAUUCCUCCAUCCCCAUCACAGCUCUGCUCUGUGAGUCUGGUAACUCUCCUUUUCCCUUUUCCCUUCGGUACAUCCCUGUCCUAUCCGGAAACGGUGCAUCUGGAGAGUGCGAGGGGAUGAGAAGGAGCAAAAGGGGCUGCAGAGAAAGCAGUUGUUUCAGUGACAGCUCUCGAACGAUGGAAACAAGCAGGCGAGAGGGUGUGGGUUGAGCGGGACACACCGCGCGUGGCACUGGGACCAUGGGAGAGCGGUCAUCCCCAGGGAGGAUGCAGGCUCCCCGAGCGUGGAGGGAAGGGGCGGAGGGAGAAGCAAGCAAGAGGAGAAGGAAGGAGAGAUGGUGACUUUCUGUAACUGACAGUUAAGCACAUCAGUACAUUUCACCUCUACCAAACGCGACGCCUGGAUUUCAUUCUCUUCUCUGAAGAGCUUGACGGCAUAAAUCAGAAGCAAGCACAGAGUUUGUCAGGUUUGAAGCUCCUAUGAUGGUAUGUGUCAAAUCAGUUGUAGCUAAUCUGUCCGGGGAGAAUACUGGCUUCAUUACACUUGUAUAGUUGAGUUCUUCCAGCAUUACCGCUGUUUAAUAGAACAUGAUUAGUCAUCACGGAGAAAAAAGCAUAUUAGCUGAGGAGGUAGUUACAUGGCACGCUUCGGUGAUUGCUUGGAUGUGAUUGCAAUAUUCUUAGAAGCAUCAUAUUAUCUCAGACAUGUUCUUUCAAGCCCUUGGAGCCCUCCUUUCUAAAUUCACUGUCAUAAUUUAGUAUCUGUUUAAUUUUUCAGUCCAAAGAGAGGAAAUGAGUUGCUGAGUGUUAUUUGACUGCAGUCUCCUUGGUGUAAAAACAAAAUGGAAAAAAUAAAUAAAGGUAACUAUGAAACACAAAAAGGAAUAAUGAAUACCGCUAAGGAAAAACACUUCAAGUAUGUUUAGUGAAAUUAAUAAACGUAUUAAAGGCUAAUAUUUUUUCAGCUAGCAGAAAUAGGUUCUGUCAUUUUGCCAAGGUAAAUGUGUUGAGUUUUUGGUCACUCCUGUGAUGCAUUGCCUAACUUAUACAGAUUUUUGUAUUGUGUCUCUAGAUUAUAUGUGUGUAAAAUCUAUUUGAAUAAAAAAAAAACAUAAAUAUGCAUUGAUUUUUUUUUUUGUACAGAAAAUGGCAUCUCUGUUAAUUUAUAAACUGUAAUGGAUGUGAACUAAAUAAUGUGCAACUAGUUAGGAUCUGUGGGUUACAGAUCAUUGUACAUUGAAAAUAUUCCCAGCAGUGAGCUCUUAUUUCCAUCACAAGCCUUUGAGGAACAUAUCAGAAGGAGAUUAUGGCACGUUUGGCAUGAAAAAAAAAGAAGCGUAUGAGACCGUUUAGAAAGAAAAAAGAGGCUGUUUCUCAGUGCUGUAAAUAUAUGUAACUCCAGAAGUCACGAAGCUUUCACAAGCCAAGACAAAAAGCCCUAGUCUGGCUGUGGGAAGAUCAGAUUUGAUUAAGUUCAGAAUUGAUAGCCUUCACCGUGGCGGGCAGGGCAUGGCUGCGUUUGACUCCCAACUUGGCUUCUUUCUGGAAGAAAAAUGGCUUGUGAAAGUAGCCUGGACAGUUCAUUUGAAUUCCAAGUUUUAAUACUUGAUUUGAUUAUUUUGGUAUUACCGGGCAGAUCCCAGCUUCUCCUAUUUUCAGCAAAGUUGGAUUCUGGCACGGGGAAGCAGGCUGUAUGGUUUUUGGCAGGCAGAAAAGUGAUUUUUUAAAUUUUUUUUUUUAAAGGCAUAUGGCAAUGUGAAGAUGGGGGAAGGGUAUAUCACGGAGAAAGUUGAAAACUCAACUGAAUUUGAUGGCAAAGGAGCAAUUAUGUGAAGGCAGUGAGGUGCAUACAGCAUAGUAAUUUGCAAAUCUACCUGCUCGUAUGUAUUUCCCAAGCCUUCAGUGGUGCUUCUCCUUGGGGCUCUGCAUUUCAUUUGGCAUACAGAUGGGAGGAGCACAGCAAUUGCUAAAUAAACUAUAUGUGGACAAAAAGUGAAGGAAAAAACAUAAUCUGGUUAUCUUCAGCAAAAAAAUCAGAAAAUUACAGAUUUGCUGUAAAAUCAUCAAAUUGUGGAAGAAAAGCAAGCCUCAAGGUGGAAGCAUGAGAAUAUUGACCAACUUUUCCUAUUCAGUGGUGUUCUCAUUUUGUACUUUGUUACUGUAUAGACCUUUGACUAUUGCGGGGGGGGAUUCUUUCUUUAACCAGCCUAGGCUGGCUGCAUCAGAGUAAGGCUACAGCUGAUUCUCUUCAUACUGGGAUAAUUUUACUUUUUUUUUUAAUUGAGGAAGGGUGUCUGUUAUAAUUGCUAUUUCUCUAUCAUUCCCACACAGCUCCCUGAUCUUUGGUACUAACGGGUGGUCCUUCAGUGACGGGACAACCCAUCUAAUGUGCAGCUUAAGGGGAUGCUGCAAAGUGCACUGUGUCUUGGUGCUCACGAGCUUUACACCCCUACCAGGUGGACACAGCGGGAAUUCAGGAAUCGCAGCUCGUGGUCCCAGAGGUGCUAUAGCUGCCUGCUGUUCCCCUGGGAGCAUCAAGGGCAUUUGUAUCCAAAAACCAAGUCCAAUGUUUCAAAUACAUGGUAGGCAGAUUUGCCACUGUUAAGUUCUCAAUGUGUGUUCCAUUUCCAAGUUUUUUUUUUCCUAAUUGAAAAUAUUUUCUGUACAUAAUUUAUUGCUCUCUUUGGGCGACCUUCCUCUUGUAAAGCUGAGAGUGAUGUUUGAGAAACAAGGGCAACCAGGCUGUCAUGCAGAUUUCAGGUAGAAGAGUUCUACACUCCUUUCAUAAAGAUUUUCCAAAAGUGAACAUUGAAAAAACAGAAUAUUUUUAGGAGAGGAAAUUCCACUGUAUUAUAGGAAAAAUCAUAUAUCCAGGCUAGCCAGCUAACAACCUCAUACUUUAAUUAAGUAGUAGCACAGUUGCUAUUAAUCUAAGCAUGGUUUUCCCUUGGAGGUGUAAGUGUUGGCAGUAACUACGCUGAAGUGGCGUAGACUAUGUGAUGGGUUCCCCAAACGUGUCAGGGUCUGUGGGGAGGAUACCCGGUUGUGCAUGCAGCGGCAAUCCCUUCAAAAGUUGGGAGAUCACCCAGCGCUGUCUCUCCAAGUCAGGAGGGACCUUCCCUGGCACUAGAGCUGGUGAUGCUUCAGCCUCAGGAGAACAGACUGAAAGUCUGUGCCUCACGGGGUGUUGGCAGCAGCAUCCCCUCUUCAGAUGGGUUUGGUUGGAUGUCUGGGAGGAGUUGUGUGGCACCUCCUCAGCUAGUGAGACAGGCCACCUGGCAAGGGAGUCAGGCCAGCGUACAAUCCAUCCUCUUCUUGCAUGGUGAAGGAGAGGUGGGGAAGUUCUUCAUGGCUGGAGCCCGGCAGGGCUUGGCUUUGUGAGCCGAGGUCUCUGGGCUCGGCGUGCUUUUCAGGGGAUGCGUUUGCACUUUGCAGAGGAUGUUCUUGAAGUCAUCCAGGUGCGGAAACAGGCAAUAUAUACCGACACUUGGAGAACCUGCAGGAAUCGUUCCCCUUGCUUUCAUUCUGUUAAGCUGUCUGUUUUCUGUUCUUCGUCUCGCAUUUAGCCCCUGUUGUUGCUUUUAUGGAACCCAUUUGCCAGGCUGUUUACACCCUUUGAGCAUGUUACGAGGAAAUUAAAAACAAAUUGAGACCCAGUCAAUAAGAAAUCCCAGCAGAAACGUGUUAGUUAAAGCUGUGUUCUCUGAAAAUGGAGUCCGCGGCUGUGGUUUUUGUUGCAUCCCCCAUUUAACCCUUUUCGUCAUCCCAGAUACCUUUAAAUCCCCCUUCCUCUGCACUUUAUCCACGACGACUAAAACACUAGAAGUGAGUCAGGCUUUGCUAUUAACAUCAGCACUUUCCUUCUAUUUAUUUUAAGCUAAUUGCUGUUGAACAGUAGAGAUGAGUCGGAUGUGUCAUACCCAGCAUCUGAACUCUGAACCUUGAUAUUCCCAGAGUUGAGGAGGGUUUACUUCUCCUCUGUAUUUAUGACGAAAUAAGAUAUAACCCUGGGAAAAGUCAGGGCCCUGCCAGUGCAGAGAUUUGGCCAGGGGCUCCCAUUACCAGGUUUUCAAUUUUGUUGCUAAAAGGGGGAGAAGAACAGCGAUUUUUGGAGAACCUUGGUGUACUCUGGGCUAGAUGCUGCUCAGAAAGCCAGGUGAGCUCCAGGAGGGUAGAGAGGAUUUUUAAGCAUUUGGGCAUAGUGUAUAGUAACUGCGUAAACAUCGAUACUGUUUAAUUUGCUGUCUUUUCCCCGUUUCCUUAAAUUAUGUGUGUUAGUGCGAAAAAGCUUUAGCUGCACUUGGAGAUUUCCCCUGGCAAGAGGAAGCUGAGUAAUGUAGGGAGAGGAAUAGAGGUAGGAAUGCAGAUACGGGCUUAGAAAUGAUCUCCGGCACUGUAAUGUAGUAUAAUUAGAUUAUAUGGGGUUUGGAUAGUUUCAUCUUUUAUAUUUGUAUGGAGAUCGGGGAAAAAUGAAGUGAUUUGUAGUUUCUAGUAUAAAGUAGUAAUAGUGGAGACAAGCACAGAUUUCACAAGGGGGUCCCAAAGGGGCCCUUUCCAAAUGUCUCGGGGAGCCGCAUUUGCACCUUAACAGGGAACAAAUGGUCAUUGUGGCUGGAGGGACUCAAGGUAAAGGAAGACAGUGUUGGGGACCAACCUUGGGGCAGCUUGGCUGGAUAGGCCCAUUCCCAUCUCAUCGUCAAGCAUCUUCAUUUCCCCUCCGGUGGCUGCUACAGCAAUGUGUACAUGGGAUCUCCGGCUAUUAGACUUGGAUCCUUAGUUCAACAUCUCCUUCCAUUCUUGGUGAUUUGUGGGUAAAAUUUAUUGUGUAGAAAACUGGGUUUGGAUGUUCUUGUGUUUGCAGGAUAGCAGAAAAAAACCCGCUCCAGAUUAAAGUUCUUUUCAAGGUAGAAAAAAACUAAACUACCCCAAAUUAAAAGGUUCCACAAUUGGUUUCCACUUCUUAAAUUCUAAGCUACAAAAAGAAGGUUGGUUUGAAUGGCUUUGUUAGAGAAUAAUCCGUUUGAAAAAAUAUAGAGGCAAUAGAGCAAAAUAUCUAAAGCUGUAGGUAGGUAGAUUUGUUGUAUUACGAUAUUCUAGGUUUGGUUUUAUUGUUUAGCGUGGGCCAGUUUUUAAAGUAAAUAUUGAGUGAUCUCAUGUCAUGACAGUUUACCUUGAGUUGACUGAAUUUGUCUCAUUUUAAAAGGAGGCUCAAAGGGUUUUGGCCAAGAUUUUCAGGAACUAUGAAUAGUUAAUGUUUUGAGAGGGAGGAUUGCAUGAUUUCUGAAAAGAAAAGGUUGGUCUUUUUGGUUUUGUUUUGUGGUUUUGUUUUGGGUUUUUUUUUAACAGCUGUCUGAAGCCCCAGAUCACUAGGCACGCUUCUGGUCAUCUUGGCCACUGUGUUUCAUUUCAGGUGACAGCAAUAUGUGGGUGAAUUAACUCCCAUUGUUUACUAUCGUUCCCUGAAUGUUCGGGGGGACUUUUGCUUGUGGGCAGAUGAAAUAAAAAUGUCUUUGUGCAUUUCAGCAGUUUUAGCCUCUUCAUCUCUAUAUGUCCGCCUAUCUCCCAAAUCCCUGUGGCGUACUCAAGUGGUAGCAGUCAGUCCUGUUGACAGGCAGAGCUUCAGCUUUCUCUUGGCCAUGAGCUUUCUGGAUGUGUGUUUAGCUUCCAGUACUAAGGACUGACUAUUUUGCAGUGCUUCAGAGCUAGUAAUUUUUACCUGUGUGUUAUGUACAAAACAUUAAGGGGGGGUGGGGGUGGGGGUGUUUACAGAGGUCUAAUGGCAUGCAUUUGGGGUGACCAUGUUGCUUGCUGCCAGUGAAUGCACCAUCAGCUCUUUCGUGUAUGCCCUGUUUUCCAGAACCAAUUGGUGGUUUUUUGUUUCUGAGAACUGAAGUAGCUGAAAACACUUUCCUGGUCCUCUUGAAUGACAAGGUACAUGGAGUAAAACCCAUCACAGCAGACAACCUGGUAGGGUUUGAUCUGUCCUAAAGGCAAACCCCAACCUCAUGCAGGACCAGGGAAGGGUUUUGUUGCUGAAGGUGGGUUGUGAUUUGGCAACCAGUUCCCAGAUCUGGGAAUUGAGUUGAGUUGAAUUGGUGGACAAAGUGCAGUCAGGAUGGUUGGAGCCUGAAGGGAAGGCAGCGUAUCACAUGGAGGUCACUAACUACACAUCCUCUGCAUUUGGUGUGCAUAUGUGUGCUUAUAUAUGCAUAUAAGCUUUGCGUACUACUAUUAGCAAUUGUGGAAAUGUACGUAUGCACAUUUACACAGUAAUCAAAAUCAAUUGCUACAGCCAGGUUUUCAGUUAGAUGUUUCUAAAUGGGCAAGUUUCCCAGCUUGAGUACAACCAGCCAUUUCCAAGAGUGCAGGAGGCAGGCGCAGGAUGGGGGGCAACAGCACAAGGGAUGGAGAGAUGCAGGAAUACAAGGUACAGGGUUACUGUGGCUCUUGCAAACCAUCAGAUGCUCAGGACUUGCACAGAUACCUGCCUCAGAGGUAUUCAGUAAAAUCCAGCUCCUGACAGCAACACUCAACUUGAGAAAACCUUUAACUUGGCUGCCAGGACUGAAGUAGCCCCCUUGCUUGAGAGAAGAAAUCUCAGCUCGCCAGCCCUGGGUGUGUUAUCAUGCGAAACACCGGGGAAGGAAAUUCCGAAGGUGAAAAGGGCAGAGGACUUGCUGGUCAGGGGUCCUUUAUUUUAUAUAAAUUAUUUAUUUUAUAUAACUUCUAUAUAAAGCGUGAGACCAGUGGGCUGCCCUCCUAUAGCUGAUUCAGCGAUGCUUCAGAUCCUGCUGCUGUUUGUGGGGUUGUUGGGGAGCCUUCCCCAAGAGCAGCUUCUCAUCCCUCCCUCCUCAUGUUCUUGGCCAUUCAGCUCUGGCCCCAUAAUUUUGCUGUGAGGGAGCACAAGCCUCAGCUACAGAGCUGAGGGUUUGCAUGUACCGAGUAGUCCAGGAAAACUUGACCAAGUGUUGCUCUGCACCACUUCUACCUUCGUUUUCGGUUUGUAGUCCUAACGGGAAAUCAAUAGGGAGAGGGCAAGUCUGGCAGGGCGAGAAGGAUGUGUUUGCUGGAGCUAGGCAAGGCAUGGUAGGAAACAUGGCUGGGUGCGCAGAAGAGAUGGGAGGAUCUUUCAUUUCCCCUUCUUGUACCUGUGACAAAAAAUUACUUUGAAAUGCUGUUGAAGCAUUUUUUUUCUGACGUAUCCAGGGGUUCAGCUGGAUUCUCUGCUGAAUCUACUGAGCUCAUUUUGCCAGCCCACAGGGAAAGCAGGACGCACCCAUCCUCUGAAAGCACAGCCCUUUGCUCCAUGGAAGUGCCAAGUUUCUGGGGGACCGCAUGCUUUUGGUCCAGCUCUCUCACUGUUUCAAUGUCAAGAGCAUCUUUCACUUGUAGACAGCUUGCGUAGGCGGGCGCACAAACCAAAGGGGUAUUUGGGAGAGGAGUGUCUUUUAAAACACCAAGGGACUUGUUUGGUGUAACUGUUGCCUUUGGACUCUGGUUUGGAAUUGCCAGGGGCCUGAUUCUGCAGCUCCUGCUGACUUAAACCUCUCGACUUCAUCAGAGUUUGAGCGUAUCCCGAAUGCUUUGCCCAAGUGCAAGGCAAAACAGCUUCCAGGCGGCAGAGUCGGGCACAGAUGGCCUGUAUCCUGGCCUCUCUGAAGUUGGAGUGUGGCCCCUGGUUUCAGCAAGGUUGUGAUUCAAGGUUCAAUCUAGCCGGCACCUUUAUUUUGGGAGGCACAUCGGUACCACUUGGGAAGCGGAUGUAUACACUGGGGUUUUUUCCUUUAUUUAAUACCCUGUGACCGCCUACAAAGACUAGAUUUUACAUUUGGCCGCUUUUAGCCCCCAAGUCUCUCAGUUUUUCUGCUUUGUGAUGUUUGUCUUUCUGGUUGGGGAGGGGAGAAAGGGAGCCCAGGUGAGUAGGGACACCUGAGACCUCUGCUUGGGGUAGAGGCAGAAGAUACGGCAGGCUUUAUAGCAAGUUGGGGGUGGGGGUGGGGUGGGGGAGUGUUUCUGUUUCUGUAAAUAGUAAUGUAUAAAUGAUUACAAGACAGUGUGAAAAUUAUUAAAAAAAAAUGUCUUUUGUUGGUUUUAUAUUACCUCAUUCAGCAAGUUUGUUUUACAAUGACUCAAUGAUGCUUUAUUUAUAUUGUUUGUACUGUAAUUAAACCGAUUGACAAACAUUUCACUUUGCUUGUUGUUUCAUAUGAUUUUGGUUUGAUUAAGUAUGCCAGUUUGUAUUAUGUUUCCCUUUCCUCUCUCUCCGCAUUGAGAUUUUUGUGUCAGCUGUACAGUAUUCUGAAUAAUUAAAAAAAAAAGGAAAAAAAAAGUUGUAAAGUACUGCAGAGAGAGGCUGCUAUAUUGUAUAGGUCUCUUUCUAAUAAAGACAAGAAAACUUGUUCGUCGCA